UGCGAUGUCUCCAAGUGCCCCAGCCCUAGCUGCCCCAGCGGCUACGUCCCCGACCGCUGCAACUGCUGCCUCAUCUGCGCCGCGGGCGAGGGGGACUCCUGCGGCCGCAAGGAGGACCCGCCCUGCGGGGACAGCCUCGACUGCCGUUACCCCAUGGGCAAGCGGUUCGCCAAGGGGGUCUGCCAGUGCAAGCUCAGCGCCCAGGUGUGCGGCAGCGACGGCCGGACCUACGACAACAUCUGCCAGCUGAAGGCGGUGAGCCGCAAGGCACUGCAACACGGCUUGCCCGCCGUCGCCCAGGUCCAGAAGGGAGCCUGUGAAUCGGGUCACCUACAGUCCAGCAGCCCAAGAUACAAAUUCAACUUCAUAGCAGAUGUGGUGGAAAAGAUUGCACCUGCAGUUGUGCACAUCGAACUUUUCCUCAGGCACCCUCUCUUUGGUCGAAAUGUCCCGCUUUCCAGUGGAUCUGGGUUUAUUAUGUCUGAUUCUGGUUUAAUUGUAACCAAUGCCCACGUGGUGUCAAGCACCAAUGCUAUAUCAGGGAGACAACAAUUGAAAGUGCAGCUACAGAAUGGAGAUACCUAUGAAGCAACCAUAAAAGACAUUGACAAGAAAUCUGACAUUGCAACAAUAAAGAUUCACCCUAAGAAAAAACUACCAGUAUUGUUACUGGGACACUCUGCUGAUCUGAGGCCAGGAGAAUUUGUGGUGGCAAUUGGAAGUCCUUUUGCCUUACAGAACACUGUGACAACAGGUAUUGUCAGUACUGCUCAGCGAGAUGGCAAAGAACUUGGCCUGCGGGACUCAGAUAUGGAUUACAUUCAGACAGAUGCUAUUAUCAAUUAUGGCAACUCUGGAGGACCUCUAGUUAAUCUGGAUGGUGAAGUGAUUGGGAUUAACACCCUGAAGGUCACAGCUGGAAUUUCUUUCGCUAUUCCUUCAGACCGCAUCACUCAAUUUCUCACGGAGUCGCAUGACAAGCAAAGUAAAGAUGGGAAGAAACGUUUCAUUGGCAUCAGGAUGCUGACAAUAACACCUGCCUUGGUGGAAGAACUGAAACACAAUAAUGCUGAUUUUCCUGAUGUCAGAAGUGGAAUUUAUGUACAUGAAGUUGUUCCAAACUCACCUUCUCAUAGAGGAGGGAUCCAAGAUGGAGAUAUUAUUGUUAAAGUCAAUGGGCGUCCUUUGAUGACUUCCAGUGACCUGCAAGAGGCUGUGAUGAAUGAAUCACCUCUACUACUUGAAGUUCGAAGAGGAAAUGAUGACUUGCUAUUUAACAUUGAGCCUGAAGUUGUUAUGUAAAUAGAAUUGAGGAAGCUCUCACCAUAAUUAAACUCACUUAUUCUGGAACACUAGAUACCUCCUUUACCGCUACAGUAAUUAUACUUCCUGUUGACUAAUGACAAGGUGGACUAACUUAAUUGCCUGAGCCAUUUCUGUACAUAGUAGCUAGUAUGUAUUCGAUUAUGCCAUUUAUAGAAGAUUUAACUUUCAAAGAAAUUUAAGAACUGUGUUCUGGGGAGGAGGAGGAAAACAAAUUCUGGGUAGCUGGUAGAAUUGGGAUCUGCUUCCAGUUCCUACAGGUUCAGAGCAGAUUCAGUUCUGCGUUUUGAAAGACCAAAAUACUACUGGAAGUGAGGAAGCAUGCCGAAAGGGGAAAUUACUCUUAAACUACAGUCAUGGCUGCAGCAGAACCAAGCUAUUGCAAUGCAAAGUUGAACUUUUUGUUUUACAUAACCUUUUCAAUGUGAACCUAGUAUUGGCAAAGCUUGUAUUUGUUCUUAGUGCUUCUAUGCUACAUGUCAAAUCUGUAAAUAUCGAAAGGAACAAAAAUGGUAUCAGGCUAUAGAGUGUUACACCUAGGUCAUGCGAUUUUGGAAUAUAGUAAAUGAUUCUUAUAGAAUUAAUGCCUUAUUAUAUAUAAAUCAAAACGAUGUGCUGAACAAAGUUAAGUUUGAGAAAGUGCACAGUUUUUUAAGAAUUUGAUACAAAUUAGUUUUGCAUUUUACUGGUAAGCUUUGCUGUAAAAUUGUUAUACUACUUUUGGCUUGACUGUGUAUGUUUCUACUGUAAGGAGAUUAAAGUUUACACAAAUAAUGUGUUGGUG